AUGGGAAGAACUCAGCCUUCAGUCGGACAACCGCCGGCGGCAUUCCGCAAGGCUGCGCGCGCCAAGAAGGCCAAGGUCACCCUCAAUCAACUCAUUCCGUCACUACUUCCCACGCAUCCAAGAGCUCGUCGAGGAGUCGACGGCGCGGAACUCAUUAUCGAACCAAAACCCAUAACCAUAACUCAAGGAUCAGUGGCUUCAAGCAACCCGCCCAAUCAAACCUACUCCAACAACUCGCCGCCUCGCAUCCGGCUUCAAGUGGCCGAUACCCUCACAGCUGCCCACUCGCUGUUGGGCAGGGAUUCGGUCCCGGAUAGACCCGCGGACCUGAGCAACAAGGAGGCCAGAGUUGCCAUUUUAAAUAUGGCGUCACCACUUACACCGGGUGGUGGCUUCGUCAACGGGGCCAGCAGCCAGGAAGAAUCUCUAUGUAUGCGCACCACUUUGUUACCGUCCCUGAAAGACGAAUACUACCGUCUGCCGGAACUCGGUGCUGUCUACACGCCAGACGUUUUGGUCUUCAGAGACGAUGACUCGGACGAAGUUCUGGAGAAGAAGGAUCGCUGGUUCGUCGACUGCAUCAGUGCCGCGAUGCUACGGAACCCCGAAACUGAACGGGACGAGGCGUCAGGAUUCAGCUACUACGUUCAUGAAAAAGACCGCCAGCUCAUUCUGGAGAAGAUGAAGGUUGUGUUGCGAGUCUGUCAGAUGAAGGGCGUCAAGAAGAUCGUCCUCGGCGCCUGGGGCUGCGGUGCAUACGGCAACCCGGUGGCCGAGGUCGCCAAAGCCUGGAGGAAGGCCCUCGUCUUGAGAACCGACACGAAAGGAAAGAAGAAAGGAACCAAGGAGACAUGGGAAGGAAUAGAAGAGGUGGUGUUCGCCAUCAAGGACUCUGGUAUGGCUGAUGCUUUCGAGGAAGCCUUCGGCAAGGGUAUCGAGCGAGACGAGCCGGACGAAACGAGCGACGAAGAAGAGGAGGAAUUGGAUGUGGGCGAGAGAAACAAGGCGGAGCUUCAGGCCAGGAUCGGCGAGCUGAAGCAGCGUAUCGAUGCGACAUCCAACCCGCAACUAAAGCAAGGACUUGACGCGAUCCUCGCAGGACUGAUAAGCCAGUUGGCUUUGGAUAGUACGGGAGAAGGCGGUGGCAGCGACGAAGACGACAGCGAGCAGAUUGACGAGGAGGAGGAGGAUGACGAGGAUGAGGAUGACGAAGGAGGUUCUAGAAUAUAG